CUUCGCUGCGGUUGUGUAAUGAAGCUGUUGUUGUGGCUCUCGUCUGUCGCGUGCCUCCUUGUGGCUGGCACUGAGGCGGCCUCCAAUCUGGUCUGCUACUAUGACUCCUCCAGUUAUGUGAGAGAAGGCCUGGGCAAGCUGCUCAAUCCCGACCUGGAGAUCGCCCUGCAGUUCUGCACGCAUCUGGUGUACGGCUAUGCGGGCCUGCGGGCGGACAACUACCAGGCGCACAGCCUCAACGAGAACCUGGACAUCUACAAGCACCAGUACUCCGAGGUGACCUCGCUCAAGCGCAAGUAUCCCCACCUGAAGGUGCUGCUGAGUGUGGGCGGCGAUCGCGACAUCGAUGUGGAGCACCCCAACAAGUACGUGGAGCUGCUGGAGGGCGAGAAGGUGCGCCAGGUGGGCUUCAUCCAGUCGGCCUUUUCGCUGGUGAAGAACUACGGCUUCGAUGGCCUGGAUCUGGCCUACCAGUUCCCCAGGAACAAGCCGCGGAAGGUGCACGGGGACGUGGGCUCCGCCUGGAAGAGCAUCAAGAAACUGUUCACCGGCGACUUUGUCGUGGAUCCCCAGGCCGCUCUGCACAAGGAGCAGUUCACGGCCUUUGUGCGGGAUGUCAAGGACUCGCUCCGGCCCGAUGGCCUGCUGCUCAGCCUGACGGUCCUGCCCAACGUGAACUCCACAUGGUACUUUGAUAUACCCGCCCUGAACGGCCUGGUGGACUUUGUGAACCUGGCCGCCUUUGAUUUCAUCACGCCCGCCCGCAAUCCCGAGGAGGCCGACUUCACGGGGCCCAUCUACCAUCCAGAGUCGAAGGAUCGUCUGGCCCACUACAAUGCCGAUUUCCAGGUGAACUACUGGCUCCAGCAGGGCUUCCCCUCCAGCAAACUGAACCUGGGCGUCUCCACCUACGGCAAUGCCUGGAAACUGACGCCCGAAUCGGGUCUGGACGGUGUCCCAGUGGUGCCGCACACCGAUGGUCCCGCCAAGGAGGGCUCCCAGUCCCAGAAGCCGGGUCUCCUCAGCUACGCGGAGAUCUGUGGCAAGCUGACGAAUCCCCAGAACCAGUACCUCAAGGGCAACGACUCCCCGCUGCGCCGUGUCACCGAUCCCACGAAACGCUUCGGCACCUACGCCUUUCGUCCCGUCGACGGGGCCGUCACCGAGGGCCUCUGGGUGAGCUACGACGAUCCCGACGGCGCCUCCAACAAGGCGGCCUAUGCGCGGGUCAAGAACCUCGGGGGCGUGGCCCUGUUCGACCUGAGCUACGACGAUUUCCGCGGACAGUGCACUGGCGACAAGUAUCCGCUGCUGCGCGCCGUCAAAUACCGUUUGUAAAUGCUUUUCGGUGGAGAUAUUUUAGUACUCGAAAUAAAUAUUUACCCAACACUG